UUCUAUCGAGUAAAUAAAUACUAGAUCUAAAAUUUAAAUUAUAAUUAUAGACUGUAUAAUCUUCUAAUUUAGUCUAGAGAUUUAUAUUUAUCAUCUAUUUGUUAUCAAUAUUUUUUAUAACAGAUAGGGGCCUAUAGAACUAUAUACAUCUAGAUUAAAUAUCUAGAAUUUAGAAAAGUUGACAAUCAUCACUGUGAUCACAAAAUGAUAAUCCUGUUUUGUUUAUUAUGGCGACUUCCGGAACUGUUGUUGUUUAUUCUAAAAUUAAGUCAGCAUCCAAGAUUAGCAAGCAUAUAAGAAUGUGGCAGUGAUCAGGGAGGGCAUCAGUCUGGUUUUAGUGUCCAUGGCUUUGAUUUAGUCCAGAUUGUUUUGAGUUUUGCAAGUGCUGCUGAUGGCUGUAUAAUUUUGGCCAGUAGAUCAGGAAAAUAAGUUAUUUUAGUUAAUAUUUAGUCGCACACAUGAUGACUGAUACAAAGCAUGACUUUACUCUUGAUCUGAACCAUGUCUUAAAACAUGUGAAGAAGGAAAAGGAAGAACCAGAUUUGUCAACAAAACCAUCUGAAGAACAAGACUUCAAGGUGUCGAUCAUAAAAAGUGAGAAGGUAAAUGAAGGUGAAUCAGACAUGUAUACACAGCAAUCAGAAAACUAUGCUGACACUUCUGAUGUGAAUGCUGAACAUCAGGAAACUAUCAUAAAACAAGAGAUGGAAAUAGCUGAUUGUUCACCUGCUCACAAGCAUGACACAGAAGCAUCAGUAAGUCAGGUAAAGGUGAUAAAGGAAGAACAAGAAAUGACUUCAGACAUAAAUGAGCUCUCUGAUAGCAUAAAAGAUCCAGUUGAAGGAAACUAUUCCAAAGAAAAGUUGUCAAGCACUGAGGCACAUCAACCAGAAAAGAAACACCAAUGUCUGAUAUGCUUUAAAAUAUUUGCUAAACCUUCGCAUUUAAAAAAGCACCAGUCUGUUCAUACUGGUGAAAAACCAUUUAAAUGUCAAACAUGCCUUAAAGAAUUUUCUCAUUCUUGGAAUUUGAAAACUCACCAAGUGAUUCAUACGGGGAAGAAACCGUUUAAGUGUGAAACUUGUCUAAAAGAAUUUUCCCUUUCUGUACAUUUAAAGAAACACCAGCUGACUCAUACUGGUGAGAAACCAUUUCAAUGUGAAAUAUGUCAUAAAGAAUUUUCUCAACCUUCCAAUUUGAAAAAUCACCAACUGAUUCAUAGUGUUGAAAGACCAUUUAAAUGCCAAAUAUGUCAAAAGGGGUUUACUCGGUCUUCCUUUUUGAAAAAGCACUUAGCAAUUCAUACUGGUGAAAAACCUUUUAAAUGUCAAAUAUGUCUAAAAGAGUUUUCUCAAUCUUGGAAAUUGAAAAAUCAUCAGCUUGUUCAUACUGGUGAGAAGCCAUUUAAAUGUCAAACAUGUCCUAAAGAAUUUUCUCUUUCAGAACAUUUAAAAAAACACCAGCUGUCUCAUACUGGAGAAAAACCAUAUCAAUGCCAAGUAUGUCAUAAAGAAUUUUCUCAGUCUUCCAAUUUGAAAACUCACCAGCUGAUUCAUACUGGGGAAAAACCAUUUAAGUGCGAAAUAUGUCAGAAGGCAUUUACUAGAUCAUCAUUUUUGAAAAAGCACAUUUUAAUCCAUUCGAGCGAGAAGCCUUUUAAAUGUCAAAUAUGUUUUAAAGGAUUUUCUCAGUCUUGGACUUUGAAAAAUCACCAGCUUAUUCAUACCGGAGAGAAACAUUUUAAGUGUCAAGUAUGUCUUAAAGAAUUUUAUCAAUCUUCAACUUUAAAAACUCAUCAGCUGAUUCAUACUGGUGAAAAAGCAUCCAAAUGUGAAAUAUGUCAGAAAGUGUUUUUAAAACCUUCGCAUUUAAAAAAACAUCAGUUGAUUCAUUCUGGUCAGAAACCAUACAAAUGUCAAACAUGUCUAAAAGAAUUUUCUCAGUCUGCAAAUUUGAAACAUCACUUGUUAGUUCAUACAGGGGAAAAAAAAUUAAAAUGUCAAAUAUGUAAGAAAAAAUUUCUGACACCUUCACAUUUGAAAACUCACCAAGCGGUUCAUACUGGUGAAAAACCUUUUAAAUGUCUAGUGUGUCUCAAAGAAUUUUCUCAGUCAGCGAAUUUGAAAACUCAUCAAGUGGUUCAUACUGGUGAAAAACCUUUUAAAUGUGAAAUAUGUCUUAAAGGAUUUUCUCAAUAUGCUAAUUUAAAAACUCACCAAGUGGUUCAUACUGGUGAAAAGCGAUUUAAAUGUCAAACAUGUCUUAAAAAAUUCUCUCUUUAUAUUCAUUUAAAAGUUCACCAGCUGAUUCAUACUGGUGAAAAACCAUUUAAAUGCCACAUGUGUCCUAAAACAUUUUCUCAAUCUUCAUCUUUAAAAAAUCACCAGUUGAUUCAUACUCGUGAAAAAUUUAAAUGUCGAAUAUGUCAAAUUGGAUUUCUUAGAUCAUCAUUUUUGGUCAAGCAUUUGUUAGUUCAUUUUGGUGGGAAAAAACAAUGAAAUGUCUACAAAGUCUCAAGUAAAGUUUUCUCAAUCACCAGCUUGAAAUUUCCACAGCAAUAGUUCUGGAACAUAUUAGCAUAAAAAGAAAGCAUAGAUUGAACCUGUCUCAUAGCACUGUGACACUUGAUAUAUGGAAAUAUCAUAAUUCUAACCAGGAAUUGUACACUACUUGACUAUGCACCACUGACACUAAUACAACAUAUUGUUGACUUAAACAUUUCAACCACAUAAAAUGUGGCCAUAUUUUGAAAGACAUCCUGUACUCAGAACAAGACCAAAUGUGAUUUCAACACUACAAAGUCUUCAGGAUCAAAGAUAUCAAACAAAAUGCCUAGAUCUUGAGUGCAUAGGUCAGAACCAAUCAGCUGAAUGGAGCUGAUAAAUCUCAAUAAGUUGACUCAGCUUGAGUGGAUCAAAAGUCAGUUCUUCAAGGCACAGUGGAGGGAGCACAAAGAAAGGGUCAUCGAAAGAAAAACUGGCUGGAUAAUAUAAAAGAAUGGACUGACCUCUUUUUUUUAUUCAUACUAAGAACAACUGCUAACUAGGGAAAAGUGGAGGGAUUUGGUUACCCACACUGUCACCCCUAUGAUGAAGGUUAAGGGACAGAUGAUGAUGAUGUCAUUGAGCCCAAACACUUUAUGUUUGACGUGGCAUGUUAGUCUCUAAAAGAAUUAAUUGUUUUAAUUGCCUGAUACAUUUGAAAGCUUAAAUUAAAAAAAAAAGAAUUAUAGUUAUGUUCUAUUUUUUUUUUAUUCUCACAGUAACCUCACUUUUUCACCAUAGUCAAAAGGUAGUAAAAAUAUGGAUUUUGGUCAAAAAUUGAUAAUUGAUUAUAAGUUGAAAUUUCGCACAUAAAGUAUGACUGUUUACAUUGCUGGUGCAUCAUGCUAAUACUGGUAACACAAAUGUGAUGAGUUUAAUCUUCAUAUUGGACAUUGAUUUGAGAAUAAAUCAAAUUUAAAUGUUAUUCCAA